AGGCUUAGCCCGCAGGCUUGUUUUAAGAGUGCCUGCCUCUCAGAUCUACCACAGAGACAGAAGGAGGACUUAGGACAUGCCUAACACCACAAACAGCACAGCAAUGGAAAACGACUACUCUGAUUAUGAGUCAGGUUACUUCAUGAACAGCUCAGUCUGGAAUACCAGUAACAGCACAGACCCCAGUUAUUACGACCCGUCCUCUGACUGGUGUGAGGCUGGUGAGCACGAGCUCACCAUCAAAAUGUUCCAGACCUGUGUCUUCUGCCUCAUCUUCCUGCUGGGCGUGGUGGGAAACUGCCUGGUGAUUGCGACCUUUGCCCUCUACCGCCGCCUCCGGCUUCGCUCCAUGACCGACGUCUUCCUGUUCCACCUGGCGCUGGCCGACCUGCUCCUCCUGCUCACGCUGCCACUGCAGGCCGUCGACACACACCUGGGUUGGAUCUUCUCCACGCCCCUCUGCAAGGCCACACGCGCCUGCUAUGCUAUCAACACCUACAGUGGGCUGCUGCUGCUGGCGUGCAUCAGCGUGGACCGCUACCUGGUGGUGGCACGAGCCCAGGAGAUGCUCCGGCUGCGCAGUCAGAUCUUAAGAGGCGGGAAGCUGGCUGCUUUAGGUGUGUGGAUCUUUGCGGUUCUCCUCAGCCUGCCUGAAAUCCUCUUCUCUGGGGUGUCAGGGUUCGGCGAGGACGCCUACUGCGGCAUGCUGAGGAGCGGGACAGUCAAAAUGGCCACGAACGGAGCCAUCAUUGCUGUCUUCUGCCUGUCCCUCUUCAUCAUGGUGACAUGCUACUCCUCGAUUGCUCAAGUGCUGUGGGAAGGGAACGCGCAUCGGCGAGGGAAGCAGUGGCAUCGGCAGCGCACCUUGAAGCUGAUGGUGGCCCUGGUGCUGGUGUUCCUCGUGUUCCAGCUGCCGUACACUGUGGUGCUGUCCCGCAAAAUGGCGGGGCAGUUCUGCAACCUGCUGCUGGAGUAUGUCACCUGCACCUUGGCGUUCACGCGCUGUUGCCUCAACCCCAUCCUGUACGCCCUCGUGGGCGUGCGCUUCCGUAACGACGUGCUGAGGCUGGUCCAUGAUUUGGGCUGCGUGUGUGGGCUCCACUCGGUGCCACAGACAGUGAGCUCCACCUCCGUGUCCCCCUCCUCACCUGCUCUCACCGUGCUCUCAGCUUGCUCUCCAACACACCCCGAACGCAGUUACUCCAACAACGAACCGGUGAUUCCCUGCAAGUUUCAGUUUCCAGGAACCAAAUAAUAUUUUAGGACGUGCUCUGUGAACUUGCUGGGGACUUUGGAUUGUUUACCUACAGGUAGCCUAACGUACAGUCACUGUGCAGAAGCAAUGAACUGGAAAAUGACAAGGAGUUGCAAACAAAUGCAUAUCAUUUUUAAGGCUGGGUAUCACUGGUAAGUGUUCAACACCGGAGUCAAUACGUUACUCACAGGCCUGUCUCCUUGUUUGUUAAUGUAAAUAUUACAUGUACAGAUAGGCUUAUGGGCUGAUAGGCUUUUUCUCUACUGAUUAUCUUCAGAGUGUUGUUUGCAUGUGAUGUCUCUAUAUUAUUCAUUUGUUAAGCCAAAUCCCCCAACUGUAUAUUUAUUAUAAUGGCUGAAUGACUACAGGCCCCUUUCCCCAUUUAUUUGAGGUCCCUUACUUAAAGAUUUCCUCCUUGUAAUUUGGGUUAUUGGGAUGUUGGAAUAUUUUUGGGACUAAACUUAGAAGCAUGAAAAAGUCGAGGUCUGACAGUGCUGUCCACCAGUGUCCAAAUUUAUAAAAGAUAAAACAUCUGAUCAACCAAAGCAGGAAAAAGACCUGACAAAGCACUGACCGCCAACAUGCUGAAAUACCCGUCGCUGUCCACACAUUUUGUUGGUUCCUCAAAAAGUCUUGAGAGCUGAACCGCAACAGUCAUCGUCAGUCACAAUGUCACCGUGACCAGAAACAGUCACAGUAAUAAUAACACAGAACUGUCACAUUUUAUUUGUUUUUCGGCAAUCUGGUGACAAAAAGCAGAUGACCAAAAGUCACUUCAGCUUUUGAUGCAUCACUACAGAUUUUCAUAACGCAACCACAACCUCAUGUGCAACCAUAAACCCAGCAGUGUCACGUUUUUAUUUCAAGGGCCUGAAGUUGCGUAGAAUGUUUUCACACUGUUGGUCGUCAGUUAAAGCCUUUUGAUUGUUUCCGCGUUGGCCUAUUCAGAUGAAGUGUGACUCAACAGCUCUGGUGGCUUUUCUCAGUCUGCAGCAGAAUGACCGUGUGUCCUGUGCUGGACGCUCAUAUCCAGGUCAACAUGGACAAAUGCAUGUAUAUGUUGCACGUGUGAGUGUGUUAGGGUCGACUUAGUUAACAGAAACGAUUAAGAUUCAGUAAAUAGUUCUAACAGUGCACCAGUGGUUCAUAAGCCGUCAGCAGAAGUUGGGUCACCUGUCGGUGUAGCUGAUGUUUGCAUCAGCUUUCAAGUCAUUGCUUACAUCCGCUGCUGCUCAUUUACAUACUGUACCAUCUGAGGUUAUUCACUGGACCUGAACAGCUGGAAUUUCAAUGAAAACUGGUAAAAUGGGGAUGUUUUAUUUUUAUUAUUUAAUUGUUAAUUCUAAAAAUGUUAAACUUGUUUUGAUGUAUAAACGUCUGUAAAUAAACUCUGCUGUAUAU